CCGGAGGCGGCGUCGCUCGCGCCGCUGCGUGCGGUGUGGUGCGGGGCGGGGGCGUCGGGCGCAGCGGAGCGGCUGGACCAUGGAGCUCCGAGCGCAGCCCCGGCGCCGGCAGCGAGAUCGCGGACCGUUUUAAUUUUGAUUGCUGUUAAAACUGAUAUCUAAGCCAAAGUGGUGAUGCUGCCUGAGGGAAGUCCCUGCAACCAAUAAGUCAACAAUUACAUGAUUGUGAGCCAUGCCUUUAGUGAAGAGGAACAUCGAGCCCCGGCACUUGUGCCGGGGUGCUCUGCCCGAAGGAAUCACCAGUGAACUGGAGUGUGUGACCAACAGUACUCUCUCUGCAAUCAUUCGCCAGCUAAGCAGUCUCAGCAAACAUGCUGAAGACAUAUUUGGGGAGCUGUUUAAUGAGGCUAACAACUUCUACAUCCGAGCAAAUUCUCUUCAAGACAGAAUUGAUCGCCUCUCUGUCAAAGUUACACAGCUGGAUUCCACAGUGGAAGAGGUGUCACUUCAGGAUAUCAACAUGAAAAAAGCUUUCAAAAGUUCCACCAUCCAAGACCAGCAGGUGGUUUCAAAGAACAGCAUUCCUAAUCCUGUUGCUGACAUUUACAACCAGAGUGAUAAGCCACCUCCUCUGGACAUCCUAACCCCUUACAGAGAUGAUAAGAAAGAUGGGCUGAAGUUCUAUACUGAUCCUUCCUAUUUCUUUGACCUCUGGAAAGAAAAAAUGCUACAGGACACAGAAGACAAAAGAAAAGAGAAACGACGUCAAAAGGAGCAAAAGCGUAUAGAUGGCGCCACCCGUGAGGUGAAAAAGGUUAGAAAAGCCAGAAACAGGCGCCAGGAGUGGAAUAUGAUGGCAUAUGACAAAGAGCUUAGACCCGACAACAGGUUGUCUCAGAGUGUGCACCAUGGAGCGUCUUCCGAGGGAUCCCUGUCCCCAGAUACUAGAUCCCAUGCUUCAGAUGUUACGGAUUACUCUUACCCGGCCACCCCCAACCAUUCUCUGCACCCCCAGCCGGUGACCCCCUCCUGUGCUACUGGCGAUGCACCACCACAUGGGGCCGCAAACCAGGCUUCUGAGCAUGAGUACCGGCCCCCGUCUGCCUCAGCAAGGCACAUGGCCUUAAAUAGACCUCAGCAGCCACCUCCGCCACCUCCUCCUCAAGCCGCAGAGGGGUCUCAGGCCUCUGCACCGAUGGCCCCAGGAGAUUACGGGAUGCUUCCAACACAGAUAAUUGAAUAUUACAACCCUUCAGGACCGCCACCUCCUCCACCUCCACCCAUGAUUCCUUCAGCACAAACUGCUUUUGUCAGCCCUCUCCAGAUUCCCACGCAGCCCUCCUUUCCUGCAUCUUCAGGCUCUGUGUACUCAGCUCCUCCUCACCCACCCUCUGCUGGGCUCCUGGUCACAGCGCCACCUCCCCCAGGCCCACCACCUCCCCCACCAGGCCCUCCUGGACCUGGUUCUUCUCUUUCAUCUUCCCCAAUGCAUGGACCCCCUGUUGCUGAGAUAAAACGUCCAGAGCCUGCACAGCCACCCAUAAGUGAUGCUCGAAGUGACCUCCUGGCUGCCAUUCGGAUGGGAAUCCAGCUGAAAAAGGUGCAGGAGCAGCGUGAACAGGAAGCCAAGCGGGAGCCGGUGGGGAACGAUGUGGCCACCAUCCUGUCGCGGCGCAUUGCUGUGGAGUACAGCGACUCGGAUGAUGACUCUGAGUGCGAGGAAAAUGACUGGUCCGACUGAGCCGUGCAGGGCUGGGCAGGGGCCUCCGGGCCAAGGCUGGGCUCCGACUGGUCACAGACCCAGAUAGUGGUGUUAUAAUCCUGUAGCUUAGCACCUUUUGUAUUAAUAAUGUGAUAUUGCUUCUGCACAUCCAAGAAUUCUGGGUUUUUCAGUAUUUACUGUGUAAUACUUAAGUGCCACUGAACAUAGCACAUCAUGCUGCACAUGAGGAGGUAUGCCGUAACUAUUGCAUUAUCCUGAAAAUAGCAUCUUGCUUCCCUCUUGGCCAUAAAAGUAUUUACUUUACUCCUGUUGAUCAUUACGGUUCCGUAGACUUGCUGUGUGUUUGUGAAGCUGCCUGGUGUUAAGUGUUUGCAAGAUUAAUGUUGUCAGAAUGAUAUCUUCUGACCAGUAAGUGAUACUGUUCUACCUUUUGUUUUUUAUUAUCAUGUGUUUUCAGAAGAAAUUGGUUCUAGAGGGAAGGAUUUAGCAAGUCAGGAGAAUCAAAUGUUCCUGCAUUUAGUUUGUUGUCUUGGUAGCUGCUGAAUGAAUCUGAGUGCCUGGCCGAAUCAUUUCCUUGCCUUUGCACUCAUCGAAUGUGAAAUUGGAAGGGCCGUCUUCAGGCAGGGUUCCUGGUGGACACUGAGUUCACUUUGUAAAUGGGAGUUGGUGAGUUUUAUGAGAUUUCAGCAACUUCAUAGUAAUGUAAAUGAGAACAAAGGCUGUUUCCUCUCAGGGUCAUCAGUAUGCCACUUAUAAUAUUGGCCAGCCCUGAUGGCUUGGGUAGCAGCCAGCCAGAACAGAUGCAGGCUGUCUGGGGGCAGGAGCACCCGGCUGGACAGGGUGGCAGGCAGCACUGCCCAUGGGUGAAGAGGGUCAGCUCCGCUUGAUCCAAAUUAUAGAAGCUUAGGUUUAAAUGAAAGAUAAAUUUCCUUUUCAUGGUGCUGUGGCCAGACCAGGGGUCAGCCCUGUGAGCAGGGACUUCACCCCAUCCUAGAAGCACAUGGUUCUCUUCUCUUGUAUUGGCACAUUACAUUUUAAGAAGUACCUCACCACAUGACCUCGUUUUGACCCGUAGGUGAGCACCUUGCUUUCUCUUCUGGUUCCCUGUUCUUCUUGCCACAUGGUGAUCCUAGACUUGUUCAGGCAAACCAGGAUCUCAAGAAGCACAGCUUCUGCUUUGUAAUUCUAGCGAGAGGUAACUGCUUGUUCAGAGUACAUAAUCACCUGGGCUUGGAUGGUAGAUGGGGGUGGGUAUGGAGAGCUACCUAGCCUGCAGUGUUUCUAGGUCAUGCAGGUCUAGGAAGCUGCGUGGAGCUCCCACAAAACUGUGUUGCUUACAGAGAAGAGGUCAGCAGGACAGCAGGGAGAGUUCUAGGGAAACCAGCCAGCCACCCAUGUCUCAUCCCAUGUGUUCUGCAUGGACACUGGUUGACUUUGGUCACCUGUCAUGGAUGUCCUCCUGUGUGUGGGACUGCAGUCACUAGGUUUGAAACCCAAAAGCUCGAUGGCUGCACUUCUUUCCAAGACCCCACCUGACCAUGUUUGAGCUAUCGCUGCUCCACCUGCUGCCACAUGUCCCCCUGAGCACCUCACGCUGGAGCUGGUCACCACUGGACCUCUCUGGGAUUUCCUUGAGUAUUAGUCAUUAUUAGUACACUUACAUUUCUCUCUCUCUUCCUUCCAGUGUGGAGGCCUGCUGUGUUGGCAUUUUUCUUGGGACGCUGCCCAUUUUCACUCUUAUUUUGUCCCUAGUACAACAGCUGGCCUUUCCAUCCCUUUCGUGUCGUAAAUGCCCUGAGUCACUCCAGGGCUCCCUUGGCAGCAGUUCCCUAUUUUAUGUGGCCCUUUGUUCUAGGAUGAAGGGAACACAUUGAAGCUACUAUCCAUGUCAAGAUUUCUUCUACUUAUAUCCUAUUACAAUAAAAUUAGUGGCACUUUAUCAAUAUUCAUGAGCCAAUAUUAAUGAGUCAAUUAUUAGUUGCCCUAUAGUUUAAUCAAGUUAUAUUUAAUUUGAUUUUAUGACUAGUGAGAAAGCUUCUGCCCUGAUGUUUUCUAUAACCAUUAAUAGAAUGGAAAAUGACAAAAAUACAAAGUAAAUUAUUUUUAGAGUAUCUUUUCAACAAAUUUGAUUUAGCAUAAAAUUUUAAAGUCAGAUCUGAUGAUAUUGCAUGACUGAAGUAAAGCGUCUGAAUUUUCAGCUUUCAUUUUCAAAAAGUAUUUACCAAAUAAAACAAAUGGAGAAAAUCAUUCAGUGGCACAUUUCACUUGUAUGAAUUUUAGACUUUAAAUCAUACUUAUAACUUACUGCCAGUUUUAUUGUUUCUUGUAUGUAUUUUAGUUGGCUGUCUCACCACUCUUCCUCACAGCGUAGACUCAGGCAGGGGGACGGAAGGACCCGAGUCCACGCGUUGCUUCCCAAGCAUCACAGGGCUGAGCGGAAGGCAAAUGAUUGUGGAUUCUUAGCCCCAGCUGUGAGGUGUGCUUGCUCAUGUUUUACUAAGGAUACUACUAGAAAAUUAAUGUUUUCAUUUCAGUAAGUUUUUAGCAACAUAAACAUCUUUUAUGAGCACCAAGUGUCUAGGUUGUAAAAGUUUAUAAUAAUUUGCAACUGAAACACAUGAUACAUUUUAAUCCAUUAAAGAUUAGUGGGAAUGUAUCAACCAGAGUAGCAAGUAAUUUUUGUUCUAUGAAGCAGAGUAUCUGUCAUCUUGCAGUAUUACCAAUGCUGUUGUAAAUUGAAAGUGGUAUUAAAAUAUCCUGUCAAACAAUUUUUAUCUGUUUGUAUAUCUUACUAUAGAUUAUGUACAAGUAACAUCUAAAUAAAAUUACACUU